GAGACACACCAAACCUUCAGCAAAUGGUGCUGAGGGGCUGAAUUCGUUUCAUCUGAGAGAGGUGGUUGACACAGCAGGUGAAGAUGUCAAGACUGAAGGCUUUAUUUGUCCUGUCCUUCAUACAGACUAUGAUAUUGGUUCAUGGACAGUUACAGUCAAAAGGGUAUCUAGAGGAUAAAGAAUUUACAAUUCAAGAGGAAGGACGUAGCUCAUUAAUCUACCAGUUUCUUCCAAGAAAACUCACCUCCAAAACAUUCAUCCUGGAUGGUGAGACCGAUGGUGUUAUUGAGGUUCUUCCACAUGAUGGAUGGUUGCAAACAAAAGGUCCUCUAGACUGGGAAAAGAGAAAAGUGCACAAAUUAACGAUUCGGACUUUGAAUGAAACAGGAAUAACUGAAGAAGGGCCAUUUUCUAUCACCAUUAUAGUUGAAGAUAUCAAUGACAACCGGCCAGUGUUCAACCAAAGUGAAUAUAAAGGGGAAGUAAGGGAAAAAUACAGACCAGGAAGACCAUUUGUCAGAGUUUAUGCUACUGAUGCUGACGAUCCCUCAACACCCAAUGCACAGUUGUCCUACAGUAUCCUGCAACAAAUCCCGGACUCCAAUCCCAAGUACUUUCAGAUUAAUAACAUCACUGGAGACAUCUCUGUGACUUGGAAUGGAAGUCAGCUUUUGACUGUGGGAAAGGAUUAUAAUCUUAUUGUUCAGGUUUCGGAUUCAGCAGAACACCAUUUUAGCAACACCGUCAUGGUAAAGAUAACCAUAAAAGAAAAUAUCUGGGUGGCGCCACCACCAAUAACCAUUAAUGAAAAUUCCACAGAGCCACAUCCAAUGAAAAUUACUCAGGUCAGAUGGAAUGAUGAUGAAGCACUUUAUGAAUUACAUCAGAGGGACAGGUACCCAAGGUUCCCAUUUUCUAUAGAUGCUAUUGGAGAUAUUUAUGUGAGUGAGCCGUUGGAUAGAGAAGAGAGGAGCCAGUACAUCUUCUAUGCCAUAGCAAAAAGUCGUAAUGGCCUUUUUGCAUCAUCCCCCCUGACGAUUGAGGUGAAUGUUGAGGAUAUUAACGACAACCCUCCAGUAUGUCCAGCACUUAUCACUAUAUUUGAAGUUCAGGAAAAUGAGGGCAUUGGAAGCACAGUUGGAGAAUUCCAAGCAAGUGAUGCUGAUGAAGAAGGUUCAUUCAAUACGCUCUUAGUGUACAGAAUCUUAGAACAGAUUCCCACAAUCCCUUUCAACAAUGUAUUCUCGCUCAAUGAAUUCACCGGACAGCUUCAGUUGCAAAGAUCUACACUAAAUGUUGAAGAAGUCGAUGAAUAUAUCUUAAAGGUGGAAGUUUCAGACAGUGGGCGACCUACAUCUCUCAAGACCAUUUGUACAAUACAGGUGAAUGUGAUUGACAUCAAUGACAACAUUCCUAUAUUUGAAAAGUCUGAGUAUGGGAAUGUGACCAUUAAAGAAGACACGCAAUUGCAGACAGUUGUGAUGGAGAUACAGGCCACUGACGAUGAUCAGCCGAACACCGGGAGCUCACUCAUUAUUUAUGAGAUAAAGGAGGGUGACCCACACAAGAUGUUCAUCAUAGAAACUGAGAGAGAGACAAAUCGGGGAUAUGUAAAAAUAGCCAAGCCUCUGGACUUUGAGACCAUGCAAGAGCACAGACUUGUGAUCCAUGCUACAAACCCAGAACCACUCGUUGCUGGGGUUGCUUAUAAUGACAGCUCUAUCACUCGUUUCACAGUUUUCGUGAUGGAUGUUGACGAAAAACCCUACUUUAAUGAGACUCUGUACCAAAAACAGGUUAAAGAGGACGUUCCAGUAGGAACAAAAAUUGCUACGAUCACAGCCAUUGAUCCUGAGGGAGAUAGCAUUCGGUUUUCACUGCAGGGAGACACCAGGAAUUUGCUCAGGAUAGAUGAAUAUACAGGAGAGAUGUUUACCAAAGCAUUACUGGACCGGGAAACAGAAUCCCAUUAUAGGGUGACAGUAAUCGCUUCGGAAAAAACUAACCCAAGAAUGAGUGCCUCAGUGCUUUUUAACUUGUUCUUGGAAGAUGUCAAUGAUAAUCCCCCAAGAUUAGCAAAGAGCUACUUCGGUACUUACUUCUGCCAUCCUGUGACCAAGCCAGAGUCAGUGGUGAUUGAAGCAACAGAUCCUGAUGCACAAAGAUUAACACCAUUCAAAUUCAGCCUUACUCCUGAUGAAAAAGACUGGGUGAUUGUACGACUUAAUCGUACUCACGCUAAACUGACGAUGGCACACUCACAGUUUGAAAUGAAAAACUAUGACAUUACAGUAAUCAUUAAUGACCAAGGGAUUCCUCCACUUGAAUCAGAAGUGCAUAUUCCAGUGUCUAUAUGCAGCUGCACUUCUAAAAAUGAGUGUGAAGCCAGCCCUGUAGAAUCUCUUGGACUGCCCAGCAUUGGAAUGGCCCUAGGCAUCUUGUUUGGAACGCUGGCAGUUAUAGGUGUGAUUAUCGCAGCUGUGUUUAUCUCCAUAAAUCAUAAAAAGAAGAAAGAAGGCAAGGCAGAUGGAGCUGAUGCCAUGAACACUGGAGAAAUAAGACCUUUAAGCUCCUAAUUCUAGUUCUGUGUGUUUAGUAUGAAAGAAUAGGGCUUCUGGAAUUCUCCUCAGCCUAGAAUUUUAUAAAAAUGUUUUUUUUUUGCCCACAGCCCACUGUUUCAUUUGUUAAAAGUAAAAAAGCUAACAGUUCUGAGCAGCCGCAAUGGAUAAAGUGCAAAGAUACUCAGUAUUGCAGUGUUGCUGCGACCCCACAACACAUUUACAGCCUGAUUUAUCCAUUUCUGAAUUCAAAGUUUUUCUACAAAUUCAGUGGUGAAAACAAUGGUGAUUAGACUUAGCAUUUUUUUACAUUUUUUUUUUUCAGCCACUAGCAACUCGGUGGCAUUUACUUGUGAAGUUAUUCCAUCAAUUUUUCUACUUUGUGGACUGUUAUUUCAAAAGAGACCAUAGUUUCAAUGUUGAAUAAAUACUAGCCAUUGACUUCAUUAGAAGCUAGUGGGUUUUAGAUGCUGAAUAUUUUCAUCUGAAUUUUCGAGUUGAUAUCUCGAAAGUUUUAGUUAAAAAAACUUGAAUUAAAAUUAGAGAUUGUUUUAAUGCAAUUUUCUUGAAUGUAGGAAGAAAAACUAUGAUAAUAUGAUAAUCACACAGAGGAGAACCUUGCCUCAAGCAGCAGCGCCACUCAGGUUACCAGGGGCGGCAAAAAGCAUCUCCUGGUGACUUUAGGAGUUUUCAGUUAUUAUACCUGUACCAGAAAAUGUGGUUUCUCUAGUGCAGAGAGCAUAAUUGCGCACUAGUGCUGCCCGGACACCCUCCGGCACAGGAACGUUAAGCGCUGGGUGGCUCACCUUAACAUUGGGUGGAAUCACAUUAACAUUAGAAGCACAUUUAGACAUUAUGUGAAUAAGCAAUUUAGAGAUAAUUCCAUUUAUAGCCAGGACCACUUUUAAUAUUAAGAUGAAAUAUAAAACCCCAAUGCUUAAAAAAUUGGUUUCUCUCUUGUACAGACCCAAACAUAAGAAGAAAGUAAAAGUGGUGAAAUAUUUCAAUAAACACAAUUUUUAUAUGAA